CCGCUGCUGCAGACCACUCCGCCAUCCACAAAUGACCAUUCACUUGAUUACGGCGGAUCUUCUUUUCAGCUGGGGGGUAUGACGAAGACGGCAUUGCCAAUGGAGGGGUUGUGAGAGGUCACCGUGCGAGACACCGGAUGUGCACCCUCAACUCAGCUGCCAGCUGGAGCGGCAGACAUAAAAGGUUCUUCAGGGCGGGUCUGCUCCUCGGGCCUUGCACAGACAGAGCGACAGACCAUCGUCACUAUGCGGGCCGCCACAGAGAAGGUUGACACCGACAACAUCCAGGGGAGCAUCUGGCCCCGACUGCCCAAGCACUUUGAAUCCUACUUGUUUUUCAAGAUCACCGACAAGGCCAAGUUCCGCAAACACCUGCGGACACUGCUGGACAACCAGGAAAUCACCACCGGCACGCAAUGCGCGGACCACCUACGCGGAGUGGGAGAGUUCGAAGAGGCCUCCGCGCAAGCCCGACGCGAUGUCCCCGAGCCCUAUCGGGUGCCCUUCACCGCGGUGAAUGUGGCCUUCACCCAUCUGGGUCUGCUGAAGGUUG